UCAAGCUCUUUCCUUCCCCCCUCACACGUUUAUAUACAGACAUAUUUGUAUCUGUCUGUCUCACACACACACCCACCUCGCCAUACAGCAUUUCACUCAACGAACACAACACAAAGAACUGUAACAUUCCUAAACAUGCACACACACUCACACACGUGCUCAAACUAGAUUCCAUACGCUUAAUAUACACACACGGCAGUAUAUAUAUAUAUAUGUCAUUAAUAUCCGUCCAAGCUUAGCCACACAUAAACACACACACACAUGUCAGCUCUGUAAAGCUUAUGAAGACAUCCACACUCACAGACGCCCUCUACAAGCUAACGAAAGCGGCUAGAAAUAGCAGUCAAAUCUCCCUAUAAUCAGACACGACCACCACGAACAAAGAAGCAAUACAUUUGAUAAUGUAGCCGCAGGAUGUGCUAAAAACGCACACAAAAGACAGGUGGUCGUGGCUGGAAAGCCUUUGAUCAUAAGUCGACACGAUUAACAGAGACUGUAUCUCUUAACCACUUAUGUAAGCUGUUCUCGUUGACAGACAUAAAUACACACACACGCACUCACACAGAGACAAACAUUAAUUGUAAGGUUCAAUGGCCAUUGCUAGAAUCCAUUCGAGACAACAUCAACCUAGAUACACUUAGUUCCAUUUUGUAAGCCACAAUAUCUCCAUUUUUCGCUGUUUUUAGGCUCCGUCUAUCAAUCAUAUCUGUCGACCUACCUGUUUCUCUUUAAUUACCGAUUACUUUACCUUUACAUCUAACUACCUGUCUAUCUGUCUGUCCGUCUGCCUGCCUGUCUGUCUAUCUAUCUGCCUAUAACUGUUAAUCUAUCUAUCUAUCUCUACCUAUCUCUGUCUAUCUCUCUCUCUAUCUAUCUAUCUAUCUAUCUAUCUGUCAAGUUAGAUAGCCAGAUGGAUAGACAGGUCGAUAAAUAGACAGAUGUAUAGGUAGCUGUUUGUCUGUUGUUUGUCUAUCUAUCUAUUUAUCUUUCUCUCUCUCUCUCUACCUAUAUUCCAACACACACACACACAGCUCUUUUGUUCACCAUAUAAUAUCUGUUGCUAGCAGACUUUCACGGAUGUCUUCGGCUACUCCUCUGACACGUACAGGCUGUCGAAAGCUGAUGUUGUCCCGCCACUCUACACAAACCGACAGCGUCAACACCACAGCCAGUCAAUUGCCAUUGAGAAGUGACCAACUGUCUUACUUGCCUGAUGUUAACUAACUCAGUUCAAGGUGCCUGGUGGUUUCCUUACUUCUUCUUCUUCUUCAUAACAGUGUGCAGUCUACAUGCAAUGACGAUGUCAAAUAACACAAUGUAUAUGUACAAGAAGGACAGGUGCACAUUUCUUGAAUACAAUCCUACCAAAGUCAUACACCUCUACCCUUAUAAUGUGCAGGACAUCGUAGCCAAUGGCAACAAAUCGAAACGUGCGCGCAUAUGCACAAUGACGUUUGCAAUCCGGCACAAUGAGCGGCUGCGGUUGACUGUGGACUUUUUGAGGAUCCGAACGUGCAAAGUGACUGCUCGUCUUUACUUGCUGCAAGAGAUGAACCAACUGGAUUUACGGAAGGAGUUCACCUGUAACACAACUUCCUAUCGUGAGCCUGUUUAUCUGCGUGGUGGUCAGCAUUACUAUGGCAUUCUUGAAAUCAAUAAACAGUUCCAAAACCAAACCAAUUUUUACUGUAAGGCAAAAGUUACUAUAAUACCUGAUCCUACGACUUCUCUACCCUGGCCCACCACCCUCUUUAAUGGAGAUAAUGGCUACCAUCAAACUACAGCCCCAAAUACAUCAAGUCACACCCUUCUGCUUGCCAUCGGAAUCGUCAUUCCACUUAUCCUGUUAAUUGCCAGUGCUUUCACCUAUCAUGUAUGGCGCCGGAGCCAGCUGCGGAUCAACGAAACUCCCAACACAAGCUUCACACUGACUAGAAUUCUGCGGCACAGAAGAACUGCACACCAGGAUAUUGGGCGAAGCCAACAGUCAGGCCAUCAGCGAGGUCCUAUUGGAACUAUAGGGGAACUUUAUGCAGACCCCUAUGAUAUUCUCACCUGGGAAGGCUUCUUUGGAAUAUUCUCUAGCAUGGACUUCCCCAAACCAGUUGAACUGCCUCCAUAUCCGGGCUACGAUCCUCCUCCUCCGUAUGAAAGUAUAAUCUAUGAUCAAGGACUUGAUCCUGCACUGUUACCACCACCUCCACCGGCACCAGCACCAUCCAUUCACCAAAUGCGUUAUCACUGCACCAUGGCAUCCCUGUCCACAGACAAUGAAGCAGUCCCUUCGCCUAACAAUGGCAUGGAAACAACUGUAUAACAAACACACACAUACACAAACUUAUAUUGUUUUGAUUCCUUUUUUUUUUUUUUUAAUUCAGAAAAUAUUCUGCUUCCCCCCAUCUAUAUGGCUGUGUCUAUAAUCCACAUCAUCAUUAUUAUUAUUAUUAUUAUUAUUAUUAUAAUAAACUGGCAGAAUCGUUAGCACAGCAGACAAAGUGCUUACUGCAUUUCUUCUGGUUCAUUACGUCCUGGCUUCAAAUGACACUGAGGUCCACAUUGCCUUUCCUCCUUUCGGGGUCGAUAAAAAAAGGUACUACUCAGCUACUGGCAUUGAUGUAAUCAACUUGCUCCACCCACUCAAAACUGCUGGCUCUCUGU